GUGGUGCGCUGCUGAGUUGAAGCGCAGCAGCCCGGAGAGCGCAGCAGCGACUUCACCGCUGCAACUUCGGUGAGUUGGGUAAGCGCCGAUAUUCCGAAAGAAGUCGCCCAGAAGCCGGGGGGCCUCCGCGCUGGUUGCGUUGUAACGCUCGGAGCCGAAUGACAGGGUUUUUGGACCGCCGUCGAUGAGCGCGUUUGAAGAGCCUUGCUGGUGAAGACAAGGGGGGAUCGAGUCUCGACCUGCGGUUCCCUCUCUGCCAGUCGGAUCAAAAUGAAAUUCGUGAUUUGUGUGAUAGCGGCGGCCUUGGCGGUGAGAUCUACACACGGAGGUAACAAGUUUGACGAGCCGUGUGCAGGCCUGGACUGCAGCGGAGGAUGCAGGUGCAACCCAGAGAAAGGCAGCAGGGGUCGUCCUGGGCCUCUCGGAGAAGUUGGUCAGAACGGACCAGAGGGGCCGCGUGGCAGCCCGGGACCUCCAGGGCCUAAAGGAGAGAAGGGCCACAUUGGACUGAAAGGACCGUCUGGCCCCAAAGGGGACAAAGGACCUAUGGGAGUGCCAGGGUUCCAAGGAACUGACGGAGUGCCUGGUCACCCUGGUCAGGAAGGUGGCAGAGGUUUACCAGGACUGGACGGUUGUAAUGGGACCCGAGGAGAUCAGGGAGAACCGGGCUUCGGGACAGGAUCACCUGGAUUCCCUGGACCUGCUGGGCCUACUGGGCCAAAGGGUCAGAAAGGAGAGCCUCGGUACAUUUCGGAUAACGGCCUCACGAGUUUUCCAGGUGCACCAGGACUGGACGGCCAACCUGGUAUCAGAGGUCCUGAUGGUCCAUCUGGUGUGGCUGGUCCGAGAGGCCCUGAGGGAUUCCCCGGCCCGCCCGGUCCUCCCGGUCCCCCAGGGCUGAUGGGGAGCCGUAGUGACGGAUAUCAAGGAGAGAAAGGAGACAAGGGCGACGUGGGCUUGCCCGGCGACCCCGGCCAGCCAAUGAUCAAUGGCAUUGUGGAGUUUGUGGGUUUUCCCAAAGGAGACAAAGGAAUGCAGGGGGAACCUGGCCAAAAGGGAUUCACAGGGUUCCCCGGCAAUCCUGGCCAACCUGGACCUUUCGGUUAUCUUGGUGAACCUGGAGAAAAGGGCAUUCCUGGAUACCCCGGGGGAAGAGGUCCUCCAGGUUUUAACGGCCCCCCGGGUGCUCCAGGACAACAGGGAUUCGGAGGUAAUCCAGGUUUCCCCGGGCAACCAGGAUACAUCGGACCCAAGGGAGACCAGGGAGACCCCGGACCACCAGGACCCCCUGCUUACAUUAAUGAGCUGGGCACCUCCGUUCAAGGACUUCCAGGUGACCCGGGUCUCAGUGGCCUGCCCGGCACCCCAGGUGACCAGGGAGCUCCAGGGUUCCCAGGACAACCAGGCCCACCGGGGACAGUGUUGGAUCCCACGUUUGCAGGUCGCCCAGGCUCCCCAGGUUUUCCCGGGACCCCAGGCCCAAAGGGGGAGAAAGGUAACGCGGGCAUACCAAACUACGGCAUUGAAGGAAUCCCGGGCGCCCCUGGACUCCCUGGACCCAUCGGGCCUCCUGGACCUCCGGGCCCUACCAGCUUGGCCGUUGAUCCCUGUGUCAUCUAUCCCAGGCCCAAAGGUUCUCCCGAUGGCCGCCCCACCAGUUACCCUGGACAGCCUGGGCCGCCUGGCCCCAGAGGAGAGCCGGGUGACACGGGAUACAAAGGCUUCAGAGGUGAUCCUGGCGACUGUGCCUGCCUAGGGGGAGGCUCCCCAGGGUUUCCUGGGUUACCCGGACCCCCCGGAGCCAGCGGCAGCCCCGGCUUGACUGGACGAAAGGGGGAGCUUGGUGACACUGGUUCACCCGGCUUUGAUGGUGUUCAGGGACCUCCUGGUCGACCCGGCGAAACGGGUAUCUUUGGUCGUAAGGGAGAGAAGGGGGCACCCUACUACCCCAGCCUGGGUUUGGGGGUGAAAGGAGAGCUUGGAGCUCCAGGACCCAGAGGACCUACAGGUGAAACCGGAAAGGUUGGCAGAGAUGGACUGCCUGGCUCCCCUGGAGCCCCUGGGCCCCCAGGUGACGCUGGCUUCGGCACAGUCGGCGAGAAAGGUUUCCCAGGGUUCCCAGGGCCUAAGGGUCGUCCCGGCAGCGCAGGCGAGCCCGGCAUUGGCUACCUUGGCACCCCCGGCUUUCGCGGAGAGCCUGGAGAGCCCGGUAUACCUGGGUUGCCAGGGCAACCAGGUUUACCUGGGCCGAGAGGUGAAAACAGCUGUGGAGGGGUUAAUGACGUCGGAGAGGGAACGGGCCAAGUGCUACCUUGCACCAUACCUGGUGAGGAUGGAGAGCCCGGUUUCCCCGGUGUACCUGGGCGACCAGGCCCGAAAGGUCAGGCAGGUUUUCCAGGAGAACCAGGACGUCCAGGGUUUGACGGUUCCAAAGGAGAGAGAGGAGACUCUGGUUCCGGAGGCCGACCUGGACCACAAGGUUUCCCUGGACCCAGGGGAGAUUCUGGAUUUCCGGGUGUCCCAGGGCAGAGUUUCGACGGAGCCAGGGGGAAGGAUGGUGUUCCAGGGCGUCCUGGAGCCAAAGGUCAGCCUGGAGAGGUGCUGGGAGCCACACCCGGUGCUCCAGGGCAGGACGGUUUACCAGGACUUUCUGGAGACAAGGGCCAACCUGGGACACCAGGAGGACCUGGAUCACCUGGUUUUGACGGACGCUCCGGUGUUCCUGGGCUAAAAGGAGAGCGCGGUGUUGACGGUCUCCCUGGUUUUCCCGGCCUUCCUGGACCCCCAGGUGAGCCGACGGGUGGCAUCCCCGGUCGGCCUGGGGCUCCCGGCAGCAAGGGACUGAGCGGGCCACCAGGCUGCCAAGGUUUCCCAGGUCGGAAGGGAGACAGAGGAGACCCAGGAUUCCCAGGGCCUGCUGGGAUGAAGGGAACCCCAGGACAGCCCGGCACCCCUGGGUCACUAGGGCCAAGGGGACCCCCCGGACUUCCAGGACCAGGAACUAGAGAGGGAAUCCCAGGAGUGCCAGGAAGGAAGGGUGAGAGAGGUUUCCCAGGACUGAUGGGUUUCCCGGGACUACCAGGGCGUUCUGGUACUCCAGGAUUUCCUGGAGGAAAAGGACUGUCUGGAGGGCCUGGAAGAAAUGGAUUUCCCGGUGGACCCGGAUACCCCGGACAGAAAGGUGAGAGAGGAUACCCCGGCCCUCCCGGCUUGCCCUCUCUUCCUGGUCCAUCACUGUUAGAGGAGAAAGGAGACCCUGGAAACCCUGGAAGCAGCGGCCUUACUGGCUUCCCCGGACCCAGAGGUGACAAGGGUCUGCCAGGUCUGCCUGGUCGCCAGGGCCUGCCUGGACUUCCUGGUUUUGCUGAGCAGAGCAAAGGACAGCCGGGACAGCCAGGGUUUCCUGGACAGCCAGGAGUUCCAGGCUUCCCCGGACAAAAGGGAGAGGCUGGAAUCAUGGGAUUCCCCGGCAUCUCUGGUCCAAGGGGUGAUGAUGGUGCACCUGGUUUCUCUGGUAAUCCUGGAGAAUCUGGCCGACCUGGUACCAAAGGUCUGCCUGGAGAAACCUAUGGUUAUCCUGGAGCUCCAGGAGCUAAAGGCCAGCAAGGAGACUCAGGCUACCCAGGUGGUCGUGGCAACGACGGCACCCCCGGUGACAACGGCUUUCCAGGAAGUCCAGGUUUCCCCGGCAAAGGAGCUCCCGGUGAAGCAGGGCGGCCCGGAAUAAUGGGCUCCCCUGGUUUCCCUGGGCCAAAGGGUCUGGUAGGCUUCCCAGGAAGAAAAGGACUAGAUGGGUCUCCUGGUCUGCCUGGAGGUCCUGGAGGACCUGGAGCCAAAGGUUUGUCUGGAUCCCCUGGUUUGGAUGGACUUAAUGGCCUUGCUGGACCUAAAGGCCUCCCUGGAACCCCAGGUGGAAGUGCAGGAGGUCUCCCGGGUGCCCCUGGUUUUCCAGGGUUGAAGGGAGAGAGAGGCGUCUCCUACCCAGGCGCCCCAGGCUUCCCUGGAUCGAAGGGAGAGAGAGGGCAGCCAGGUGGUCCUGGACUCACAGGGUUCCCCGGUCGGCCCGGACUUCCCGGUGAGACUGUGGGGUCGGAUAUCCCGGGACCUAUUGGAGACCCUGGCCUCCCUGGACUGGACGGAGAGUACGGUUUCCAAGGUCCUCCGGGUCCACCCGGGCCACCUGGUCCAGGCACAGCCCAGGGAGAUAGAGGUGACUCUGGGCUCCCAGGCUUCCCUGGCUCCCCCGGCGUGAAAGGAGAGUCAGGAGUCCCCGGAGGCUCUGGAUUCCCCGGCGUCCCCGGAUUCAAAGGAGCACGAGGUGAGACCGGUUUCAGUGGAGGUCCUGGUCUAAAGGGUUUCUCUGGUGACCCCGGUUUCUAUGGAAACAAAGGAGCCAAGGGACUUCAAGGGCGUCCUGGUCGUAAGGGUUUCCCCGGAGGCACGCUGCCUAUAUCACCAGGAGACUUGGCACGACCCCUCGGAGACCUGGGCUUUCCCGGUGAAAGCGGAGCCCCCGGUGGCCUCGGAGAUUCCGGUCAGCCGGGAAUCCCUGGACGUCCAGGUCCUAAAGGUCGUCCUGGUCCUGUGGGUAAACUGGGCAGGACUGGAGCUACGGGUCUGCCUGGAUCUGUCGGUGACCCCGGACCCCCUGGUUUCCCUGGACCCACUGGAGAACAAGGUUUUCCUGGUACAGUCGGUCGUCCAGGCAUUCCCGGCAGCGUCGGCCGCAGUUACAGCAUCGGCUACACCCUGGUGAAGCACAGCCAGAACUUCCAGGUUCCCAUGUGUCCUCAGGGCAUGGCCAAACUGUGGGACGGAUACAGCCUGCUGUACGUGGAGGGACAGGAAAAGGCACACAACCAGGAUCUCGGUCAGCCAGGGUCAUGCCUCCCCAGGUUCAGCACCAUCCCCUUCCUCUACUGCUCCCCCAAUGAGAUCUGCUACUACGCCAGCCGCAACGACAAAUCCUACUGGCUCUCCACAACCGCACCCAUACCCAUGAUGCCUGUGGCCGAGGAGCAGAUACAACCUUAUAUCAGCAGGUGUUCAGUUUGUGAGGCUCCAUCUCAGGCUGUGGCGGUCCACAGUCAGGACAUUAACAUACCCAGCUGUCCUCCCGGCUGGAGGAGUCUCUGGAUAGGAUACUCCUUCCUGAUGCACACGGCGGCCGGCGCUGAGGGCGGCGGUCAGUCCCUGGUGUCUCCCGGCUCCUGCCUGGAGGAUUUCCGUGCAACGCCGUUCAUCGAGUGCAACGGGGCCAAGGGCACCUGCCACUACUUUGCCAAUAAGUACAGCUUCUGGCUCACCACUGUGGAUCCCAGUCAGGAGUUCGUCUACUCCCCGACGCAGGAGACCAUGAAGGGUGGCCAGGAGCGCUCCAAAGUCAGCCGCUGCCAAGUCUGCAGCAAGAUCUUGUAGUAGGGUGAGGUGAAGGACGGAAGAGUGGAGGGAUGGAGGGAGAGAGACGUCAGGAGGUGAUACACUAACACUUCAAGGAAAAGGAGAGAGAGGUGUUGAUGAUGGAGGAAGAAAUCUAUGAAUGCAAGAACAUGUGACUGACUGAAAAUGAGCCCCUAAUCCUGCUUCACUGAUGGUUUGACAAUUGCGUCGAGCAACAUCGUCGCGUUUUCAGAGUGGUUUUUUUUAUUUUUUGUAUCCCCUUUAGGAAUGAAUUGCUUAUUAAAAAAAAAAAAGAAGUGUUGGAGGGAGGAAAUGGAAAGAGAAGGCUUCCAGUGUGAGUGCCCUUCUCUAGAUUAUCACUGACAAUGGUGCUAUUGUUUAUGUUCUCUUGUGUUUAUUUUGUGUCUGUUUUCUCGUUACGGUUUUGGCGAGAAUGAUUCUCGGCUACCUCGGAGAGUGCCGCCGCUUUGGACAGCACUGCCCCGCUUACACGUCAGGGUGGACGUCUGCUUCAGACAAGUCAGAUCAGAGAGUCGAGUCAAGCACUGGUGCGGCUUAAAGUUGGUUGAAUCCAAGGUCGUGAAUCAAAGCGGUGUUUUACAGUCUUUUCUGAACUGGUUUACCUGAAGUAGAUGGUAACCUCACCCCAUCCUGGCUAAAACACAGCAUUUUAGUGAAACGGCCACCCUAGAGCUUUGCUUCUUUUGUAUGUGCUGCCAGCUACAACCAGUGUAACUGCAGUUAUCUUAUAGAUCAUGUUAUAUUAAAAGCUGUCACCACAGUUGUAUCCUCCGUUCUGAUGAUUCUGCUCGUUUUGCAUGAAUAGCCAGAGUGUAAUGGUCGCCGUUUAUUUGGGUAGGGGUGUGAAAAUCCAGUUGCAGAGACUUGCUUGAGGUAAAGAGAAUCGUUACGGUGAACAUUUGCUGCACUGCACUGUUUUUUGAAAGCUGAAUUACUGUCGUGAGCGAGCGCUACACAGAAACCUUGGCGUGGUGAAGGAGUUCCUCUUUUUGUGUAAGAUGCACAGAACACAAAUCGACUGGAAAAAAAUAACAAGAGUUAAAUGAAUUUUAAUUGAAUUUAAUGAUAUCAAAAACACGAGGAAAGAAGAACAGUUGGUAGGGAAAAAGGAAUAAGUACAUAAGCAAGGUACUGGUAGUGCACAUCAUGUCUAAAUGUUGCUCAGUCGAUGCUUAAUAUUGAGGAACUGUACAGUGCUUACAUCAGGGAAUCCGCUAACUGCAACUUUUUUUAAGGCAAAAAAAACUAAAUUGGACAUUUUCCAGUUUCCACAUUGUCUUCUCAUCAUUAUUUGUCUUCUGGAUAUUGUAGCAGCUGAAGACAUUUUCAGGUGUCCACUAUAAAAUCUAAGACACUGUGGCUUCCAAGUCGGAGCUUUCAGAACAAGUCCUGCUUCUAACCUCAACACACGACGGGCGAAAAAGGCAACUGAAUGUUCACUUUAACAGAUUUUUAUCAUUUCAAGCAAGAGACAGUUCUCUACAAACUGACUUUCACGGCUUACAGAAAUUGCUGUAAAUCCAUGGCCGCCUGGAAUUUGGGAAAUCUAUCAAAACGUGUAAAGUAUGAUGAGCGUGGAAGUUCAUUCUUGACCUUGGAAAUAGUAUCUUGACAAAAUAAUCUUAACUCGAGGUCCACUUACUAGCAUUUUUCUAGAGCUUUUGUUGUGGGUUCUGUUUGCAAACUCCACCUGCAAGUGAAGACUAAACCUAACGUGUAUUUUGGAAAAUGCCCAGCAACAAUGUCAUCUAUUCAUAAUGUAGUUUUUGUGCAGAAACAUGCAAAGCUACCAGAAUAAUCCUUCAACUUUACUAUGGAUUUUUCAUGUUUCACUUGCAUGUGAACUCUUUGGUGCUACAAUAUCCCUGACGGUCGACUUGAAAGGCAACAGUAAGUUCUUAUUAAACUGUAUGCAAGAGAAAGCCAAACCAGAACCCCUGCAACAGCUAACUCCAGUAAUAAAUGACUUGAAUGAGGCCACCCAUUAAUAUAUUAAUAUAUAUUGCACUGAUUUGAACUCAUAUGGGUUAGAACAAUAAACAAGUCAAAUAAAGGGGCAUAUUUCCUCUAUAUCUCCACCUUCGCAGGCUUUCAUUGUUAUGCUGUGACCAAACUAGUGUUUUGUUUUUUGUUUGUUUUUUCCAUCACAGUAAACCCUUCAUUCACAUAAGAUUUCCAACAGGAAACAAAACACACUCUGAUAGAUUGUUAAUUAUUGCUGUACAUAGUGCUUACUGUAUUUCCCAGCAAAGUAGGUUAGAGUUAAGGUCUAUAAUGCUGUUAGCUCCUUAUUUUAUUUUGAUUUUUUUUUGUUUUUUCACCAGUGUCUUUUCACUGUCCUCGGAUGAGAACGAGGAACAAAACUACUUAUUUUUCUACUUCUUGUAAGAAUUUAUCUUUUUCUUUACACUGAAUUCGGUUUGAAUCGUAAACUGAAAGCCUCCCAUCAGUCUACUCUCCUCCUGUGAUAUUAUCCUUGGACAGUGAAAGCUACUGGGUGACUUGUAACCACUAUGACCACUGUGUCUAGCACAUAUCUCUGUAUCUCUGCUGGUAGCCCUGAUUUUUAUUCCUAUGUCACAUUUUACUUUUACUGUUUUGUUUUUCUCUCCUUUUUUUGUCUGCAUUUGUUGUUUUGUAAUCUAGAUUGUAAUUAUUUUACUUAAGUCAUGAUACUAUCCCCUGGUUUUAUUUACUGAGAUGGGAGGGAUUGGGAUGAUAAUGUGUACAUUAAAUAUUAUGAUAAAAAAAAAAUGCCUUUAGAUGUUUUUAUAUGGAAAGUAUAUUCAGAGCUGAAUGAUUUAACAGACGUAACAACAGUUAUUGUCUGUUUGAAACCAGUAAAAAUUAAAGCGGUAUACUGUAAGUACCUGGGGUGACAGAAAAGUAAUGCCUCAAAGAGGAUCUAUAACACAAAAAGGUAAUAACAUGUCUGUUACUGUUGUGUUUUUCUCUGCUCACACACUUUGAAAUAAAGUUUCAAAACUAACAGAGAAAUGCAGAAUUAUUAUUGGUAAAUCUCAGCUCUGUCUGGGGAAUAUGAGGAAGAUUUUCUUGAGGGAUUGAAGUGGAUUCAGAGGUGAAAUCAGUAUUUUCAGGUGUCCCCAAUGGUUGAUUUUACAUGUAACCUCCGCUGAGAUUAUUGCAUUUUUGUUGUUGUGCUUUAUAGUCAGUGUAAAAAUGAUGUUUGAGAUCAUAUUGCUUGUGUGCCUGGCAAAUCCAAAUUAAAAACAAUAAACACCUUUUA